AUGCCUCUCCAUCUCCUCGGCAAAAAGUCAUGGAACGUUUACAAUGUCGAUAAUGUCGCGCGCGUCAGGCGCGACGAGGCGCAAGCAAAAGCCCGCGAGGAAGAAGAUGAACGCAUCAUGCAGGAGGUCGAUGCCGAACGCAGGAUCAAAAUUCUUCGCGGCGAACGGCCGCCUACACCUCCACCGGCGCCCUCCCAUCUGUCAUCUGAACCCGGGGCUCGGUCAGACAGAAAGUCCACCAGCGAUGCUGGAGGAUUUCGUAAGAGAAGGCGAGUUGCUGGGGAAGAUGACACGGAUCGAGAUAUACGCUACGCUCGGGAGGAUGCGGCACAAGCAGUUGCUAAGCAGGAAGAGUUGAUGCUCGCCUCUCGCAAGGCUGACGCAGCACAAGCACCGAUUCUAGACAAAGCCGGCCAUAUCAAUCUUUUCCCAGCCACAAGUGCGAAAACUGAAAAAAAUAUCGAAGCGGAGGCUGAAGCGGCACGCAAGAAACGCAGCUAUGAAGACCAAUACACAAUGAGGUUUUCCAACGCCGCAGGCUUCAAGGAGACUAUUGGUCAGAAACCGUGGUAUUCCUCUACGGAACAAGAUGUAACAGCGCCAGGGUCAAUGCCCGAGAAAGAUGUGUGGGGUAACGAGGAUCCAAGGCGCAAAGAGAGGACACAGGCUCGUAUGAGUGCGAAUGACCCACUCGCAGCCAUAAAGCGGGGUGUGCGUCAGUUGAAAACAACAGAGCAGGAACGGAAGCGAUGGAAUGACGAAAAGCGAAGAGAAAUCGAAAUUUUGAAAUCCGAAGAGGCACGGCAGUCAAGCCAUCGGCGAAGGCGAUCCCCGUCAGUGAACAGCCUCGAUGGGUUCAAAUUGGAUGCGCCAGACAGAGAACGUGAGAAGAACAGAAGAAGUUCUGACAGACAUCAUCGUCGCCGUCAAGAUUCAAGUCGAGAUCGCUCACACCAUCGCUCUCAUCGUCGCUCUCAUCACCACUCCUCUCAUCGCAGUCAUAGUCAUCGUCACGAUAAACGUCCUGAGACUGCUAGGCGGGAAAUCCCCGAAGCGAAGAAUCAAUCCUAG